AUGGAGCUAGUAGAGAAGGGGCAGAUUGUUGACGGCAACUGCAAGAAUGGGGCUUAUAAGCAGUUAGAGAAGCUGUUGCAGGAAAGAGUGUCGGGAUGCAGGGUCAAGGCAUAUCCUAACAUUGAAGGCAGGUUCAAAAAACUGAAGAAGAGAUGGCAUGCAAUAACUUUUAUGAGGAAACAAAGUGGCUGGGGAUGGGACGAGGUCAAUAAAUGCAUUGUAUGUCCCGAGGGAUCUUGGGACGAGUUUGAGAAGGUAAAUUACAGCUUGAUCUUUAUUUUUCUGUCCUAUAAACUACUCCUUUUCUAA